CGGACGAUGCAUCCCUGCAACUUAUACUCGCCCCGGAGCUGCAGCACAGAUGAGCGAUUCUGAACAACUACGUUCAUCUUCAUAGACAGGUAAUGGAUCCAGUGUGAGUGUUACAACAUCGUCCUGCCCAGCUGGCCUGUCUAACUCCGUAACUAUGGCAACUUGUCCGAGAGGCUGCGCACCAGCGGUGCGCCUUUGUCAGAGACUGAACCGACUCAAGACACUGGAUGAUGACAUGAUGGCCACGUCUCUGAAACGUUGCCUCUCAACCCUGGACCUGACGCUGAUGGGUGUUGGUGGCAUGGUGGGCUCUGGGCUUUAUGUCCUGACAGGAACAGUGGCUAAAGACAUGGUUGGGCCUGCUGUCAUCAUAUCCUUCCUUUUUGCGGGUUUUGCUUCUUUAUUGGCUGCCUUUUGUUAUGCAGAGUUUGGAGCACGCAUUCCCAAAACAGGAUCUGCCUACAUGUUUACCUAUGUUUCUGUGGGAGAGGUCUGGGCUUUUCUCAUUGGCUGGAAUGUGAUUCUUGAGAACAUGAUUGGUGGCGCUGCUGUGGCACGUGCCUGGAGUGGCUAUCUGGACUCCAUUUUUAACCAUGCUAUCCAGAACUUCACUGAGACACACAUAAUGCAGUGGAACGUGCCCUUCCUUGCCCAUUACCCUGACCUCCUUGCAGCAGGGAUUCUAGUAGUUGCCUCGUUCUUCAUUUCCUUUGGAGUUCAAGUGUCCUCUUACCUCAACCAUAUCUUCGCCACCAUUAGUAUGGGUGUCAUCGUUUUCAUACUGGUUUUUGGCUUUGUGCUGGCUGAACCAGCCAAUUGGAGCCAGAGAGAAGGAGGCUUUGCACCUUUUGGGCUGUCUGGAAUACUGGCAGGCUCAGCCACGUGCUUCUAUGCAUUUGUGGGCUUUGAUGUAAUUGCAUCCUCAAGUGAGGAGGCAAAGAAUCCGCAGAAAGCUGUUCCCAUUGCCACUGCAAUUUCCCUUGGGCUGGCAGCAGUGGCUUACAUCCUGGUCGCCACAGUGCUUACACUGAUGGUACCCUGGCAUUCACUGGACCCCAACUCAGCUCUGGCAGAUGCUUUCUUCCGCCGUGGUUACAGGUGGGCUGGAGUGGUCGUGGCAGUAGGUUCUAUCUGUGCCAUGAACACCGUGCUGCUCUGUAAUCUCUUCUCCCUCCCUCGGAUUGUGUAUGCCAUGGCAGAGGAUGGAUUGUUCUUCUCCAUUUUUUCACGCGUCAAUCCCCUCACCAAAGUCCCUGUCAAUGCUAUAUUGGUGUUUGGAAUCCUCAUGGCCACCAUGGCUCUCAUCUUUGACCUGGAGGCUUUGGUUCAGUUCUUGUCCAUCGGCACACUCCUGGCAUACACCUUUGUAGCAGCGAGUGUAAUUGUGCUGCGCUUCCAGCCUGACAAAACCAGCUCCAAGGGAACCGCUUCCACAUCUCCGAACCCCAAUGCUGAGCCUUCCCCUGCCCCCUCAGAGUCUCAGACCAUAACUGAGGACAGUGGGGAGUUGAAGCAGUACGAGUCCUUUUCUGACAAACUCCAGUUGGUGGAGAGGCAGAAGACAAGAGAGCGGCGUGGGGUGGGGCAGCUGAAGGCUUACUGGGAACCCUACCUGGGCAGGCUGCUGGGGGACUGUGAGCCGGGCGAGGUGGUGGCCUUCUGUGUGCUGACUCUGAUAGUGAGCUCAGUAUCCCUCUGUGCCGUGCUUGAAUUUGGUAACAAACAGCUGCAGCUGCCGGUCUGGAGCUUCACAAUGCUGCUGGUGAUUUUUAGCUUAGCUUACAUCAUCAGCAUGGCGCUCAUAUGGGCUCAUGAGCCGCAAACCGACAGCAAAACAUUCCAGGUACCUCUGGUUCCAUUGACUCCAGGUGCCAGUAUCCUUAUCAAUGUAUUCCUCAUGAUGAAGCUCAGCCCUUUAACCUGGAUUCGAUUCACUGUGUGGAUUGCCAUAGGACUCCUUGUGUAUUUUGGCUAUGGGAUCUGGCACAGCAAGGAGGGCAUGCGGGAGCUGCAGCCCACAGACAUGGCCGCCCGGUACGUGGUCCUACCCAGCGGCAGCCUGGUAGAAACAGUGCAGUCCGUCCAGCCUGAUGGUCAAGUGGACGCCCCGGCGCACCACAUCAACGCCUCCACUGCCUCGACAGCUGAGGAGUAUGCAGGAAAGAGAUGAUGUGUGACCAAGCAUAGUCACCAUUACAACUGCCUGGUUUUAUCUGAUGUCUCCCACACAUACGCUGUACUAAUACUGGUGUACUCUCUGUAUCUCACUCCCUUUAGUGUGUGACUGGCCUGCCACAGUCUGUAUUCAUUGCUCUGCAAAUGUAAGCACACCACAGGAUGGGAUGCACGCUCUCUGUCUCAUUGUGAAGCAUAUUUGUAUAUCUUGUAAAACUCGAAUGUACAGUAGAGAGCUUUAUUACUGUCCUGUAAACUUCUUGCAUCAAAGUUGUGUUAUGUCCUUUAAGACCAGCUUUUUUCUUGCAACCUUGCCAGUUUGUCAGAAUCCAUGUGCUUGUAGGUUAUAAAUGGUGCUUUCUUUGUGAUAAUCUUUACUUUUAGUUGUGUAUUCUCAGUUAAUGAUUUUUUAACACAAAUCUGGAGCUGGAAAAUCAACAUUGACCAAAAAAUGUCAUUUUGUAGUUAACAAGAAAGAAGACAUCCCACUGCACAUUUGAAGAUAUCAUCUUGAGUACAAUAAGCAUCCAUUUGUUGCACAUUUUGUUAGUUAAGCAGAGGAAUGCACAGGCUUUUGUUAGUUUACAUUUUCGCGUUUUUCACAAACUCUCCACAGGAGAAACUACAGGCUCUGUUAAUGUGGAUCCUCUUAUAGACUGCCCUGCCUGUAGUGGCUUCUGACAAAUUAUUUAAUCCAGUGUGUUAAUAUAUGUAUUUGUUUCUCUGUUAUUCCUAUUUUUGCUCUCAUACAGAUCUCAUUAGCUUUACGUUUUUUGCAUACCUCGAUUAGUCUCCGUAAGUAAUUUGUGUUCACCUUUUAAUUGGCUGAGCAACACUUCAGUGCUUCACUUAAUCUAAAUCUCAUCCCAUGACCCUGUCCUCUUUUGUAUCACUGAUCUUGCACUUGUGCAGGUUUUUCUCACGCACCUUUAGACAGUAACUGUUUCCCCUCUCUCCCUGUUGGCAUGAGAUUAUAAGAAAUCAAAGCACAUAGAUUGUUUAGCUUUUAUUGACUUUUUAUAUUAUUAGAUUAGAUUCUAUUGCCAUAUCACUGAUUUCCCAAGAGAGAUAAUUAUAUUAUUGGAUAUAUAUGUUGAGCACAAACCUACUGAAUGGGACUUUUCACACGCAGGGUAAAAUACUGGCAGACAGGCAGAUAUUGGUGAUGUUAAGCCAGAGAUGGGCCUCCGUAAUCCCAGCAGAUUUGCAACAGUCCCUGUCGCCAGUCUGCAGCUUGACCUAGAUCAGCGAAAGGCACACAUGUGAGAACGCUCUUAUAAUAUACAGAUAACAUUCCCACAGCCUACAGUGUCAAUAAAUGAACAUGAGGCUUUGUGUUUUUUUUUUGUUUUAUACCCCAAACAUGAGUUUUUAUUCAGUUAUUCCUUUUUUUCAUUUCAGUUUGUAUUUGCAUGUGUUACAUAAGAAACCAAUGGCCUUAAACAUCUUGUAAUCAGUGCAGACUGACUUCCAAAGCUAAAGUGGUCUGAAUGGUUUAGCUGUUUAAUUUAUUUAUGUUAGAUUAAAACUAAAACUCUUAUACAGGACUCCAUGCUUUCUAAUUAUUAAACCAAAACACAAACAUGGGAGAGAAUAUACAGUAGGAAGCAUUUUGGCAUAGUUACAAAAUGUUCAAGAGGAUUUUGUACAACUUUGCACAUCAUAUGAAAACUAUUGUCUGGUAAUUUUGUGUCACAGUUAUGCUUUUGAUGUCGGGGCUGGUGGCAGAUAUGAAUACUGUGGUGCUUUUUUAAGCUCAACGUUUUCUCACCUCUUUCUCUGUCUUUUUUUGUGCCAGGAAGCACAAUUACAAAUAAUCCAGUUCUUUUCUUACUUCUGAAUAGUAUUGUACUCUGUACUUGCACAUUAAGGUCUCAGAUCUUUCCGUUAUCGUGUAUGUCUGUAUAA